GCCCUAGGCCAGCCUCUGCCUGAGAAAUUCUCUCCGGGAACUUCUUCUGGUGGGUACUACAGGCCUGAUUCCAGGCCCUAUGGCCUGUGGAACCGCACCACUGGGGGGAAGGCAGGGCCGGACAGAGUCAUCACCUGUGGUGCCGGCCCCAUGGAUGAGGUGGAGUGGACACGAAGACCCAACCCUGAGGAGCUGAGGGUUGGGCUCAUCAGCUGGGCAGGAUCCUACCUCACUUCUGAGGCUUAUAAGAAUACGGUCACGGCUACUGCAAAGGGUUUGGGCCGGAGACAGACCUGGGAGAUCUUGGUGAGCAAUGAGCACGACACCCAGGCUGUAGUACGACUGAGGAGCUUGCAAGGCCUCUACCUCCUGUGUGAGGCAGAUGGCAGUCUGUGCUAUGGCCGGCCAAGGACCAGUCACCAUGGAUGCUUCCUACUGCGUUUCCACCGCAAUGGCAAGUGGACUCUCCAGUGCAUAAUUAGUGGUCGUUAUCUGGAGUCUGAUGGUGAGGAUGUGUUCUGCAACUCCAGGGUGCUUUCAGCUUACCACAUGUGGACCCCCCGGCCAGCCCUACAUGUCCAUGUGAUCCUUUACAGCCCUGUCAACCACUGCUACGCCCGGGCUGACCCCACUGUGGGCCGCGUCUGGGUGGAUGCACCUGUUCCCUGCCUAGAGGAAUGUGGCUUCCUGUUGCAUUUCCAAGAUGGAUGCUACCACCUGGAGACCUCAACACACUUCUUUUUGUCCCACUUAGACCGGCUGGUCCCCCAACCCUCAACACAGACAGCUUUUCACAUGCAGGUACGGCCUGGAGGGCUUGUGGCACUAAGCGAUGGAGAAGGAGGCAUGUUGUACCCACAGGGUGCACGCCUGCUCCUGGGCCUGGGCUCCAAUCCCCACAGGGGCGAGGAGUGGUUCAUCCUACAGCGCUGUCCGACGUGGGUCAGCCUCAGGUCAAAGACUCGGAAGUUCCUCUCCAUCAUUUAUGAUGUUGAGAUAUAUGCUGCCUCUGAGCACGUAACCCCAAUGUCCUUGUUCCAGUUUGAAUGUGAUGAUGAGAGCUCCACCUUGCAGCUUCGUGCAGCCAAUGGCUGCUACCUAGCCCAGAGGCGCCACAGGACAGUGGUGGCUAAUGGACACCCAAUGGAGUCUGACACAUUCUUCCGCGUGCACUGGAAUUGUGGCAAGAUCAUCCUGCAGUCUCCUAAUGGACGCUUCUUAGGCAUUGUGGACAAUGGCCUGCUGAUGGCCAAUGCCACCAUUCCAGGCCCAAAUGAGGAAUUUGGGAUUCGAUUAGCUAACCGUCGCUUCCUUGUAUUGCGAGGUCGUUAUGGGUAUGUGGGCACCUCAUCAGAACACGACCUAAUGAAGUGCAAUAUGGAUCAGCCCGACUGCAUUCACCUGCUGCCUUGCCGCCAGGGCAUCUACCACUUCCAGGGGUGGAUCCUUCUGGUCAAUAACAUCCUUUGGUACCUUUCGCCCUUGGGGAAAGUUUGCUCUCAACUUCUGUAUAGAGCUUCAUGGGAGCAACUUGCUCACAGUGCUGGCACCCAAUGGCUUCUACAUGCGAUCCGACCGAAGUGGCACCCUGUUGGCAGACAGCGAAGAGAUUACCAAAGAGUGUAUUUGGGAGUUUUAGGCCAAUGGGAUGCCACCUAUGGAAAUCCAAAUCUUCCAGGAGAAACUACUGCACUAAACACAACAGGAACCUCAAAGUCAAGAUCCAUGAGAAUAUCUGUUACACAACUUUCCCUACCCAGUUUAGCAAAACACCUGUUUCGGGCAACAAUACAUCUCAAAAGGCCACCCCCAAGACCCCUGUGUGCUGUGCUCUUCAGUACGGAAUAGAGGUCUUGAUGUGGGUAGACAGAGGCCUCAGGCCACUCCAAGUUCUAUCCAAAAGAGGCAAGACCAAAUGGUAACCAGUUAUUCCAUUUAUCUUCCCCAUCCCUGCCAGGACCAACAGAAUUUUUCCAGUAAUCCCAUAAGGAGCCAGUUUUGCCCUGAAAGACUCAGAAUCCAGAAAUAAUUAGAUGUCCUUUUGGUUUUGAAAGAAUGAAGUAUUAUGAGUCCUAUGGGCACAGGGUCAUUGUAAUGACACACCUUAUGGCUAUAAGGCCCCCCUCCUGAUCACCACCCCCUUGAAGUUUACCAAAUAUCCUGCUUUAUCCUUACCUUUGAUCUAAUCAGUUGGGCAAGAUGAGUACUAUCCCUAUCACUGCCCACCUUUUUUUACAGGGACCUGAAGUGAUUUGCCCAAAGUCCCAUGACUGGGAGUUCUGAUUCAAUUCUUUGAUUAGAAUGGACUAUAAUGUCCAUUACUCUUUCCAUCAAAACAGCUUCCACAAUGACCAUCAUUCUUGUACUGUCUUUAUAACUUUGGCCUUCAUCUAUCUACUAUCUGUUCUAUCAAUGUCUUUAUUGACAUAGACUCUUAAGUACUUUUAAUUGGAAAGGAAUAUUCUAAUCACUAUCAUAAAAUGGAAAAUGAGAAAUCACUUGCCAUAAAUAGAAAGCGACUUAAAAAUAAAUACAAUGAAAACAAAGUGAUGUUAUCAAAUUCUAGUUAGAUUUCCCUCCCCUGCCCAAGGCUCAGAACCUGAGGUUCCCUUUCCCUCUGUUACAAAAAAGAUUAACAACUGUUACAGAGGCACUAAAAAAUAGAAUCAAAGUGAAAGUUUUCUCAUCAAUACAAUCAGAAUUGAAAAGGAGUCAAAAGGGGAAUAAUUUCCUCAUUUCUGACUAAAUGUUAUUUAAAGCAGUGUCUAUAUUUAAAGCAGUGUCCUAAAAUGUUCUCAAAUACCAACAGUGAUGCCUGACCCCAACUUUUGGGAAAUUGCAUCAUACUAUAAUGAGUGCCUGGUUUUUAAAUCUAUUGAGAAAAGAAGCUAAUAUCACAACAUGAGAGAGAUUCCAUUUUCAUAGAGAAAAUGACCUCAGGUUUUUGUAAGUAUGUUUCUCCUCAAGAGAUAUAAAAUAAUUCUGUAAAAAUUUUAACCUAGCAAGUGAGGCUAAAGAACACUAGAGACCAGGGCAUCUCUUUCCAAGAGAAAGUUGAGAACAGGCCAAAGAUAUGGAGUGGAAUACACAACACCCUCCAGAGAGAUAGGACCUUAGAGGUCAUUUAAUGUAGAUUAAAGAUUAAGGGAUUCUUCUCUUCCUCGGCAUUCCAUAAAUGCAUGUACAAAUUUAGAUGCAUGAGCUUGCAUAUGCACAGAAAUACACACACGUGCAUACAUCCCCUACACACAGUCUCUUAUCUCCCAUUCCCCACAAGUAGCCAUUCAUCCUCCAUUUGACUGUAUUUGGCCCUGGAGCCUCAGCUGGCAGCUCCCUCCAUGGCUGACAUGAGUCCCAUUGCUAAGUGAACGGCUUGUUCUUAGAUUGUGCUGUGCAGAUUGUCAUCCCACAAAACUUCACUCAUUUUCCUGGGCAGUCUGUCAGCAGGGCAGGAGCAGGGUGUACUCCACCACUCUUGGAAUUUCCUUCUAGAGCUAUACUGUCCCAUAGAACUUUCUGUGCUGAUGGAAAUGUUCUAUAAUGUUUACUCUUUGAUACAGUAGCCAUGGGACACCUGUGACUAUUGGCCAUUCCAUAUGUGGCUAGUGUGAAUGUGGAGCUGAAUUGUUCAUUUUACUUAAUUUUAAUUACAUUUAAAUAUCCAAUGUGAUUGGUGGCUAUUUACUGAAGAGCACAGCACUAGAGUUUUUGAUAAGAUAACUUCUGGAUGAGUACCCCUCCCAGAUGGGAGAAAACAAACUUGCCCCCACUCCUUUUAUCCUGCUUCACAUCAUCAUCAUUCUAUCCCCAGCCCAUCAAAAGGGCAAAAAUUGGGAGGGAUGAGCCCAUCCCCCAUUCAAAAUAUCCCUUUCUUCACCCUCUUUUCCCUGUAUUCUUCUCUUUCACUACAUACCGAGGCUUCCCAGGAGGAGCCUAGAGAUUUCUCUGAAGGGAGACAGAAUUGAGAAGAUUUGGAACUUACUACCAAGAAGAACCAAGCAAACAUGCCUCAGGAGCAUGUGGACAAGCAGAGUAUGAAUAAUGGCAUUUCUGCUGUGCUGCUUUGCAAAAAGUACAUAUGCAAUUAAGGAAGUAAUGUAUAUUUUCUUAGAUAAAGGAAUUAUUGUAAA